AUGGCUUCCCAAUCGCUCCCAAAGACAAUGAAGGGUGUCAUCAUCGAGAAAACAGGUGGGACUGAGGUUCUGCAAUACAAGACAGACCUUGCAGUGCCCGAGCCAAAGGACGGCCAGGUUUUGGUCAAGAACGACUAUGUCGGCAUCAACUACAUCGAUACUUACCCGUAUAUGCUUGGAAGAGAGGCAGAGGGCACUAUCGUUGCGACUGGUCCCGACACACCGCAUGGCCUCAACACUGGUGACCGCAUCGUGUACCUGUCCGAAGCAACCUACGCCGAGUAUACCGCAGCUCCUGCAGCCAAGGCCAUCAAGAUCCCCUCAGAAAUUGAGCCCACCAUAGCUUCUGCCGCCCUCCUCCAAGGUCUUACUGCUUUGACUCUGAUCCGAGAGGCUUAUCAUGUGCAAAAGGGGGAUUGGAUUCUGGUUCAUGCUGCCGCUGGAGGAGUCGGCUUGUGGUUGUGUCAACUGCUUGCUGCUAUUGGCGCGAAGACCAUAGCCACAGCGAGCACAUCCGAGAAGCUGGAAUUGGCCAAGAAAGCUGGUGCUGAAGUUCUUAUAAACUACAGUCACGAAGACGUCAAGGCAAAGGUCGACGAGGUCACCAACAAGCAGGGUGUUGCAGCAGUCUUCGAUGGUGUCGGCAAGGCAACCUUUGAUCUUAGUCUGGACUGUCUAGCUCGCAAGGGCACCAUGGCCAGCUUUGACGACUUGGAGCCANAGAAUGCCAAGGUCCUCCGCCCGACGCUAUUUAAUUACAUUGCGACGAGAGAGGAAUUUGAGCAGUAUACCAAUGAGCUCUUCGACUUCAUUGUCAAGGACAAGAUGGAUGUCCGAGUGCACAAAGUUUACGACCUCAAGGAUGUUGCUACUGCGCACGAGGUAAGUGGUUACUGUCGCAACAGAGCUCUGCACAACGUUAUCAAGGGGGCAGUGCUGACGAAAAGCAGGNACAUUGAAAGCCGCAAGACUACCGGCAAGCUUCUGUUGAAGCCCUGA